ACACACAUCCUUCCCGAGAUUCACGUACGUCUCCAUCCAUCUAUCGAUUUGGAGCCAACAAACCAUAUCAUCGAUCGAUCCCGAGAUUCCUUCCGCCUCUCCGUCCGUCGUCAUCGAGUUCACGCCGAAAGAUGAAGCUCUUUGUCGAGACCUUCAUCGGCACCAUGAUCAGCAUCAACGUCGACCCGUCUGACACCAUCAACGUCGUCAAGGCCAAGAUUCAGGAUCAACAGCGCCUUACCUUUGGCGAGGACGAGCUGGAGGACAGACGCACCGUGGCCGAUUACGGCAUCAAGGAUGAAUCCACUAUUCGCCUCCAUCUGCGCUGCCUGAGAAGGAAGAUCCGAAUUUAUCUCAAAGGGUUGACUGGCAAGACCACCACGCAUCAUUUCGAGAACCUCGACACCAUCGCUUGUGUCAAGGCCAUGAUCCAGGACAGAGACGGCAUUCCUACCGACUACCAGAAGCUCAUCUAUGCGGGGAAACACCUAGAAGAUGGUCGCACCAUGGAUGACUAUGCCAUCCAGGACGACGCCACAUUCCACCUCGUGCUCCGUCUCUGAUCAUGCAGUGGCCAAUGCCCAAGAGAUGGAAUUCCCCAAGAGUGAGUACCUAGCUAGUCCAAGUGCUGCGUAACCUAUUUAAAGCCCAUUGUGCUCAAAACCAGUUCCGUAUGGCAUCGGUCAAGUCCUCUAGUUUUUUUUCUUUUCUUUUCUAUGAGAAAGUCCAGUCCAAUCCUGUGGUGUACGACGGUCAUUACGAAGCACAAGACUACGCUUUAACUUGUCCAAAGCAUUUACUAUA